AUGUCCCCUGCCGGUGAAACUGGCACGUCGUCUACUCCGCCACGCGCCAAUGCACCAGCUUAUGGUGGUAGCAUAAUAGAAUCUACUCCAAACAGUCGUGGGGCUUCUGUCAUCAGCGAGAACAUCGGCGUGCUCGGUGCCGGGGUUAGGAAAGUCCGCCCGUGGAUUCAGCGGGACAUUGAGCAGGUUAAGGAGUGCAAGGUAGAUGCCAUGUUGCAAGCCCUCCUGCAGCGCGCUUCUUCCGCGCCUGAGACUGGGCAACCCGAGCUCCUGCAAAAGUGCCUCAAGGCGGUUCUGCCGGUUUGCAAUGGACAGACCUCCACUGCGCUUGUAAAGUCUUCGGACAUUGAGAUAGCUCUCAAUGAAUACGUACGUCCAGGAGCAGAAAACAAGUUCUACGGCCCUUUCAUAAGAGCCACUAACAUCGCGCUCGCUUGUCUUGAAGAGAUCGAGGUUGACGGGAUGCGUGCUGCUGUCCCCGCCGUGGACAUGAUCUGUCAGCAGAACGACAUGCCCAUGUACCAAACCCACCAGACCGCGAAAUCAACUCGAAAGCCCGACGUUGUCAUUCUUCCUUUGAGCAGUGCGUGCACUCCCUUCCAGGAUGAGAAGGGCAGCAAGAAAGGCACCAAGAAGGGCAAGCGGAAGGACAAUGAGAAAGACAAUGCGAUGAACAACGAGAGGGAUGACGCAAUGGACGACGAGAUGGACAAUGAGAAGCGCAAGACAAAGCGCAAGGCUCACAUGGACACGAACGCAACGGCAAAGCCGAAAAAUCUCCCCUGGAAAGAUGUUCUAGCUUCCAUCGAGUUCAAGAGAAAGACGCCAGGGAGGACGAAAGGGAUCAGCUCACCGCCCGCUUCGUAUACAGUGGCAGACCAUAUCCUUACCAAGCCAGAAUAUCUGCCGGUGGAUCAUCUUAAGGCUGAAGACCCAGCGCCAGGCCCUUCGCAGAUCCCAGCAACAAAACCUGCGUCCGGUACUGCAUUUCUAUCUUCCGGCCUUACUACUACCCAACCCUCCCAGGGUGGGUCCAGCUCCAAGCGCAAGGCCACGGACACUUUGGAAUCCGCCGCGAAAAAAUCUAAGAUGGACCCCGACGACACGGACGACGAUCUAGAUGUGACCGUCCAGACAGGUCUGUACGCCGCCGAAAUGUUUGCGUCCAAUCUUGCAGUCAAUUAUCUGCUGAAUCUCAUCAUCAUCGACGAUGUAAUGUGGAUCUGGUAUUACGAUCGGCAAGGGAUCAUUCAAUGCUCAGGCAUCAACUUCAUUCAAGAUCUCCCGCGAUUCAUGGUGCUGUUGUAUGCUCUACAGAGAUUCGAUCUUCAUGAUUGGGGCCGAAACAAGGACUUCCUCCCAGUGCAGGUCGAGGGCAAACAAUGCCACGAAUUCAAAAUCAAGGACGCAGAACUUGGAGAGGUGGAUCUACUGCUUCACACCAGCCACGACGAAAGAGUGACGCAUUAUGGCCUACAAGGCCGGGCCACCAAUGUGAUCCCUGUCACUAGCGAAGCGCUCGCGAAGAAAUAUGGCAACUUCCAGGAUGGGAUGGUGGCCAAGAUCUUUUGGGGAGAGGCGAGUCGCACUAGCGAGCCGGAAAUCUUGGACAAGGUUGAGGAGAUCGCCAAGGCGCACGAAACCGUAAAAGACCAUAUUCCCAAGCUUCUUUGGCACCACACGUUCACGAAUCCCACGUCCGCCAUCCGAGAAGCGCUCGGGGUUCCAGAACCCACCAAGGGCAACCGUGUGCUCUAUAUCCUCGUAUUCCCCAAGCUCCACUCAAUCACGGAACUUGACGGCAGAGUGCUUUUCGACGUAUGGCGUCAGUGUAUUUUAUGCCACCUUACUUUGUGGAAGGAAGGUGUCUAUCAUCGAGAUGUCAGCCCAGGGAACCUGAUGUGGUACUGGAAAGACGGCAAGCGGAUAGGUGUGCUAAAUGACUACGACUUAUCCUCGUUGGCGAAUGUCCAGGGUCCUCAGGGCAACGAGCGCACCGGCACGGUGCCGUUCAUGGCGCGCGAGCUUCUCACUGAAGAAGGUCAACGAGGCAAAGUGAAACACCUAUAUCGCCAUGAUCUGGAGUCAUUUAUGCAGGGAGUCCUUCUACCACGGAGAUUGCGCUCCUUCGACGAGUGGGCGACUUUAGGUGCCAUUGCAUGCGGCGAGAAGAAGCUAGUCUUUCUCAACAAUUUGUCGCCUUUUGCACCCUCGGACAUAGACAAACUCACAUGGGGUGUCCUUGUGAGCUGUCUGCUGGUACUUAAAAGGGAUGGCGACGACAGAUACUAUCUUCGCUUCCAAGAACCGUCGGACUCAGGAGCAGACCAGCAGCCCGACGCUGAGGAAUUAGAUCCCGAUGUUUUUCUAUCUAAAUUUACAUGUUCCAAGGGUUGGCUUGCGCUCAGCAAACCUUCACAAUGA